AUGGAUAUCCUAUUCUAUUACGGCUUGUUUCUCUUGCUCUUGUAUUUCCUUCAAAAAUAUUUCCUCCAAAUUAAAAGAAACCUCCCACCAAGUCCUCCUUUGUCCCUACCCAUAAUAGGCCAUCUCUACCUUUUAAAGAAACCUCUUCAUCGAACCCUGGCCAAACUAUCCCAUCAAUAUGGUUCUAUUCUGUUAAUCAGGUUCGGCUCUCGCCGGGUAAUCCUUGUAUCUUCCCCUUCUGCUGCAGAGGAAUGCUUCACCAAAAACGACAUCAUUUUUGCCAACCGCCCUCACCUCCUUGCGGGGAAGCACCUUGGCUAUGAUUAUACCACCCUUGUUUGGGCCUCAUAUGGCCAUCAUUGGCGCAACUUAAGACGCAUAGCUUCAAUUGAAAUCUUGUCAUCUAAUCGCCUACAGAUGUUUUAUGGCAUCCGUCUUGACGAGGUCAGGCUAUUGUGUAAAAGGCUUUUUCGAGGGUCAAAGGGCGAACAGCAUCAGACUGUAAACAUGAAAUCCAUGUUUUUCGAGAUGACUCUAAAUGUUAUGAUGAGGAUGAUUGCUGGCAAACGAUAUUAUGGAGAGAAUAUAGCAGAAUUGGAGGAAGCAAAAAAAUUCAAAGAAAUUUUGACCGAGACCUUUCGCUUGAGUGGGGCUACUAAUAUUGUAGAUUUUUUGCCGUUUCUGAAGUGGGCUGGAUCGAAUAAGGUUGAAAAGAGUUUAGUAAUAUUGCAGAGAAAGCGAGAUAAGUUCAUGCAGGAUUUGAUUGAAGAGCACCGGCAUAUUAGGAAUAGCUUUGCUUCUCCAGAGAGGAGUAAGACCAUGAUCGAUGUGCUAUUAUCACUACAAGAAAAUGAGCCAGAAUACUACACAGAUAAUAUUAUCAGAGGCAUGAUGCAAGUCAUGUUAUCAGCAGGCUCUGAUACCUCAGCUGGAACUAUGGAAUGGGCACUGUCAAAUUUGCUAAACAAUCCAAAGAUCAUUCUACAUACUCAGGAAGAAAUUGACACAAACGUGGGGCAAAGUAGGCUAACUGGGGAAUCAGAUAUCGCCAAAUUUCCAUAUCUCUAUGGCAUUAUGAAAGAAACCCUCCGAAUGUACCCAGUUGCUCCAGUACUAGUACCACAUGAGUCAUCAGAAGAGUGCAGUAUAGGAGGUUUUCACGUCCCGGGUGGCACAAUGUUAUUGGUGAACAUGUGGGCCAUUCAAAAUGACACUAACUUAUGGGAAGAGCCGUCAAAAUUCAAGCCAGAGAGAUUUCAAGGACUGAAAGAAGAAAGGGAUAAGUACAUGUUGUUGCCAUUUGGAGCCGGGAGGAGGGGGUGUCCUGGGGAGGGAUUGGCGAUGAGGAUUUUUGGGUUGGCGUUAGGAACAUUGAUUCAGUGCUUUGAAUGGAAAAGAGUUGGUGAGGAGAUGGUGGACAUGAGUGAAGGUACUGGGCUUACCAUGCCCAAAGCUCAACCUCUGUUUGCAAUGUGUAGGCCACGCCCAGUUAUGACGAAACUCCUUUCCCAACUCUAA